AUGGUCAAGCUCGUGGGCGUAGAUUUAGAUGUCCCCAUUGGAGUCAUCGCCCCUUACCGAUCAAAUCAUCCCAUUAUAAGAAAGAUCCCACCCAAGACGUUAGAACAGUGUGUUGCUAAGGGAACAAUCGCAAUGUUGUUCAAUGGUGGUGCAUUGCAGGAAGAAUUAUCCCGACUGGCUCCAAUAGAGGAACUCCCUCCGAUAGGUUCUUCGGCAAACAUCACGGAGAAGGGAACAAAGUCUGAAAUCGAGAACAUUGAACCUCAGGUUUUGAAGCGGGCGGACAGUAUUAUUGACUACCGAAAGCAAAAGUUCCACCACCCUCGACUUUCAUCAACCAUGAUUGGUCUCAAAAUUUGCACAAUUUUGAGAUACGGUGCUUGUUAUUAUGUGCUACACGAUGCGCUACGGCGAUUUUAUGGAUCAAAAUACCCGAUGAUCCUGGAAAGCCAGGUCGAGAAGACAGAUACUGUCAACUAA